CAUCGUUUCCUUCUCCUAUGCUUCCCAAUCCUAAGCCGAGACAUCUGAUCUAUCACGGAGCUUUUGAUGAUCGGCUGCUAGUAUGGAAGCUUCGUUCUCGUGAUGCGACUGAACCCUUGAAGCGCCACCUGCCGACUUGACGUUCCAGACAAUUCUCCAGCUCUUUUGAUUACGACCCAAGAUUCAUUUCCUGGCUGAUCUAGCUUGGGCAGUCUCGAUAAGACGCAACAAAGAUUUGGUAUAAGUCAUGGCGCCAGAACCAACCUCUCCAGUAGCUGGAGAGCAGCAAGACAGGUCCGGCGAAACUCAAGACCCAGCAACCUACGAAAUCACAAAACCACUAGAUGAAGAGUCCCCUCUACUUUCUCCGACCCGAGACGAGGAGCAAGAAGGGCUCAUUGAGGACGGAUCAGUUCAUCACGAUCGCGAUGAAACUUCUGAAACAAAGCCCUUAUGGUAUAUGAUACUCUUGACGAUCAGUAUUGGAGGAUUGCAAUUGGCAUGGGCGGUAGAGCUGUCCAAUGGGUCACCAUAUCUUUUAUCCUUGGGUCUGAGCAAGUCUCUCAUGGCCUUGGUCUGGAUUGCAGGACCGUUGACAGGAACUAUUGUGCAACCCUAUGUCGGCAUCCUUAGCGAUAACUGCAGAUCGUCGUGGGGAAAGCGGACGCCAUUCAUGAUCGCCGGAUCAGCUGCGACAAUCAUCUCGCUAUUAGCUUUGGCAUGGGUCAGGGAGAUUGUGGGCGGAUUUCUGGGAUUAUGUGGGGUAGAUCGAGAAUCGGAGGGUGUCAAGGUUACUAUAAUUGUUGUGGCAGUUCUGUUUGUCUAUGUCCUAGAUGUCGCUAUCAAUACUGUGCAAGCAGGUAUUAGAGCUUUCAUCUUGGACUGUUGUCCGAGCCAUCAACAAGAGGCUGCGAAUUCGAUGGCAAGUCGAGUAUUAGGAGUCGGAAAUAUCAUCGGAUACGUUGCCGGGAAUAUCGAUUUGCCGAAGCACCUCUGGUUCUUUGGAAACACGCAGUUCAAAGUGCUCUGCGUGAUAGCUAGUCUAGCUUUGGGAAGUACCGUUGCACUCAGCAUCGGUACAGUCCGAGAACGUGAUGCCAGUCUCGAAGGCCCACCCCCCAAAGGGAGAGGAGGUCUGAUUGCCUUCUUCAAACAAGUCUUCAAAUCCAUCCGGCGGCUUCCCCCUCAGACCCGGAAAGUCUGCGAGGUGCAAUUCUUCGCCUGGGUGGGCUUCUUCCCCCAGCUCUUCUAUUCCAGUUCCUACAUCGGUGAUAUCUACGUGCAGCCAUUCCUCGAGGCCAAUCCGAACAUGACUCCCGAAGAGAUCGACAAGCUAUACGAAAAAGCCACCAGGGUAGGGACCUUCGCCCUCCUCAUCUACGCCAUCACUUCGCUCGCGACCAACGUCUUCCUCCCCUUCCUGAUCGCGCCCUCCUACGACAGCCCCGCCAACGCCUCCCUCCGCGCCCAGAGAGGACAACACACACGCCUCUCGCGCUUCCUCGACCACCUCGUGAUCCCCUGGCUCACGCUCCGCCGCGCCUGGCUCAUCGCCCACCUCAUCUUCGCCACGUGCAUGUUCUCAACGCUCUUCGUGCGCAGCGUCGGCGGCGCCACCGCGCUCAUCGGCAUCGUCGGCGUUUCCUGGGCCCUCACGCUCUGGGCGCCCUUCGCCAUCAUCAGCGCCGAGAUCAGCAAGCUCGAGGAAGUGCGGCGCUUGCGCGCCUCCUCCCCCGACGAUAACAACAACAACAACACCACCGACCAAGCGGGCAUCGUCCUCGGCAUCCACAACAUGUCGGUCUCGUCGCCGCAGAUCUUCGCUACGGUCGGGAGCAGCAUCAUCUUUAAAUUCCUGCAGAAACCGAGGGGCACCCCCGGCGAUCACUCGAUCGCCGUCGUGCUUGCGGCGGGCGGGCUGUCGACUCUGGUCGCGGCGUUCUUGACGAGUCGUAUUCAAGACGAGGUUGAGAUCCCGGAGGGCGUGGUGGUGGAGGAGGGGCUGGCGGCGUUUGGGGUUUUAAGUAGCUAG